UUUCUCUUGCUGUGGGGAGUUUGGCCUCACCUGGAAGGAGGGCCUGGGAGGGACCUUGAGGGCUUUAUAAGGCAGGCCUGGAGCAGUACGCAGACGAGACCUGACCAGCCGCCUCAACAGCUACCCACCCCACCAGCUCUGCAGACGAGAUGCCUCGACUGUCCCUGUCCGUGCUGAUCUUAGUGCUGGCUCUGGCUACCUUCUCUGAAGCUUCUUGGAAGCCUCGCUCCCAACCUCAGGCUGCCUCCUCUGGACUGGGGACCCACGGGGCCCUGGAACCACAACAGCUGGACCAGCUGGGCCUAACCUCUCACCAUCGAAGGCAGCUGGGGCCGCAGGGCCCUCAACACUUCAAAGCAGACAUGUUCAAGAAACAAAGGCCAUGGAUGGAGGAGGAAGAAGAGGCCUAUGGAUGGAUGGACUUUGGCCGCCGCAGCGCUGAGGAGGAGGACCGGCAUGAUUAGCAUCAGUUUUCCAGAGUCCAGUCCACCCACAGCUCUGUCCUUGCAAAACAUAGAAAAAAAAUAAUAAACUAGCUUUCGGUGUAGCAUUGAGUCAUGUCACGUGCUUGAGUGGAGAGGGGUUGAGGCAGGUGGGAGAGUUGAGCACACCUUAG